UAAUAAGGAGGGGAAGCGUUGCUAAUUUUUUUUGUUUGUUUGCUUUUCCAUGCAUGCAUAAUGAGGCCGGAUCAGAACACGCUGCUGCCGCUGCGUGGAGAGCACUUUUGUAUUUAAAGCCUCGCGAAAGAAAACAGCUCGUCAAAAGUGUCGGCAAAGAGAGGAAGAAACGCCGGAUCGCGGGAGGUCGGCGGCGAGGGGAGCCGAAGGGAGAGCUCGGGGACCCGCGGUGAGUCCGGCUGCCUCCUUUUGCUCCAACAGUGGAGGCUCAGCGCGCCUCCGGGGCUGGGGAGAAGUUCAGCGCGGCCACUCGGCAUGUGAAGUGAUGCGCUGAGCUCCAAGAAAGAAAUUCGGCAUGAGAAGGAAGGAAGCCGCCGCUCCGACUCAGCAGGGAGCCCACCACCCCACAGCUCCAGGCUUCUUUCGCCGCCUCCUCCCGGCCUCCUCAUCCCGGGAGUAAGGGGCGGAGGCUGUCGGGCUGCAAAAAAGGAAGAAGGCGCCGCUUUUCUGGGCUUUUCUCAAAAAACCGUUCCCGAAGGAAGAUUCCCAGGCCGCGGACGGGCGCCGGGCGGAUGGAUUGAUGAGGGCGACCCCCAUGCACACCCUCUGCAGAACUUGCCCAAACUUUUCUACUCUCGGCAGCCGCUGGGCCGCCUGUCCCUCCGCGCUCGCUUUCCGACCACGACUGCCCUGCGGCUGCCCGCGAUGGUGGCAGCCUGGCGGGGAGGAGGACGAUGCCUACGGACCGCGCCGCUCCCGCGACUGGCUGCCUUGGGGCUGAGGCUGCUGGUGCUGCUGCUGGGCGCCGCCUCGCCUCCGCCGGGGGUUCACGGCCGGCGCCUGAUCUGCUGGCAGGCGAUGCUGCAGUGCCAGGAAGAACCGGACUGCGGCUACGCUUACAGCCAGUACGCCGAGGCGUGCGCGCCGGUGCUCAUGGCCGAGGGGGACGGCUUUGCCGCCUCUGCGGCGGCGUCCUCCUCCUCCAAUAGGCGGCGGUGCCCGAGCCAUUGCAUUUCGGCGCUCAUCCAGCUCAACCACACCAGGCGGGGCCCGGCGCUGGAGGACUGCGACUGCGACCAGGACGAGAAGUGCCGCGCCACCAAGCGCGCUAUCGAGCCGUGCUUGCCUCGGACGAGCGGCGGAGGCGGAGGCGGCGGUGUUGGGGGAGCGGGCGGAGGCGUGAUCGGCUGCACGGAGGCGCGGAGGCGCUGCGACUGGGACAGCCGGUGCAGCAUGGCUCUCAACCGCUACAUGAUGUCCUGCGGGAAGCUCUUCAACGGCCUCCGCUGCACCCAGGAGUGCCGGGCCGUCAUCAGGGACAUGCUGGCCGUGCCCAAGGCGCUGCUGCUCAACGACUGCGUGUGCGACGGGCUGGAGCGGCCCAUCUGUGAGUCGAUCAAGGAGAACAUGGCUCGCUUGUGCUUCGGGGCCGAGGCACUGGGGCCCGGCAGCAGCGGCGCCUCGGACGGCGUCUCCGACGACUACUACGAAGAGGACUACGAGGAGGAGCCCAGCCAGCCCACCAGAAAUUACUUCGACUACAUGGGCGCCGUCGCGGACGGCGAGGUGGCUGUCCCGAGGAACCCCAAGGGCGGCGGGACGGUCCCUGCGGCCGCCUGGGCGCUGCUCUCGCUCGCCUCCAUUUUUCUGCUGCUGGUCUCCUAGCCUACCCUUGGGAGGAGAGGCUCUUGAGGGGAGCCGUUGCCGAGCUGAGAGGAAAGAAAGGUGGUGUGGCCUGUGGCGCUUGUCCCGCGUGGGGGUUUCUACUGGCCGGGCGAGGGAGGGUCUCUGACUCUCAACAGGAUGGCAGAAUAUCUGCCAAGGAACAUAGUAUCUUAGGAAGAGGAAUCCCCCAAAACAGGCCAGUAUCCUAGAGCAUCUUGCCUGGCCUUCCUAGCUUCAUUGGUGGAGAAGCAGCUGGAAGCCUCAAAGUUGACCAGUCCCCUUGGCCCUGAUUUGGUUUGCUGUGUGUUCCUAGUUGUGUAAAGAAUUUUCCUCACAGUGGGCAUUUGCAUAUUCUUUCCUCAGCUUCUCUCUUUAAAAUGAUGCCUGAAAGGGAUGCUCCUGUUGUAUUAAAUUCCCUUUUUGAAGGAAGGGAAUUACUACAAUUAAAAAGCUGUGGAGUUUGUUACUAGACCCUUCCUUUAUUGACACUUUUCUUUUAGAAGGGUUUCCAGUUGAUGUUCAAAAUGAAUAUGCUUUGGAAUUCAACUGUAGGUUUUACAUAUAUUGCACAUUAGUUAUUUUAUGAGAUCUUAAGAAAUGUUUUGACUAUGCAUGUCAGGUGUAGAUUGUGCAGUGUUUAUUUUGCUGUGUGCACAACAUCACCACUUGCAGCUGCCUAAUUACAUACAGCUGGACUUUUUCCUCAAUCCUGUAUGCAUCCAACUAGGAAAUAUACAGUAUGCAUGGCAUACCUAUACACGUGCACUAUGCAAAUUAUUGCCAUUUGGCAAAUGACUUUAAACAACACUAAGCAGAUUGUCUCUUGGUUACAGUCAACUUGAAAACAGUACAUGUACCAAUGGUUGCUUUUUUUCCAAGCUGUCCUCAGUGAAGUUGGGAAGAUUUCCCUGCAAUGCUUCCAAAAGUGCUGCUUUGCAUAACAAUUCAACAAGUGACUCCUACCAUCCAGUUAACAUCCAUAGAAUUCAUAAUUACGCUUGACUGAAGAUGCAGUUUUGAUUCUUUUUAAUUGGCUAGGUGUGCAGGCAUAGACGGAAGAGGCUUCAGAGUUAUUUCAAAGAUUCAUAUAUAGUAACUUUAGGAAUUUUUUUACAGAAUGAAGUAUAAUACUGGCAUGUAUGUCAUCAGUGAUAAUUGCACAUAUUUCAGUUUUAUUUUCUUGAUGCAUAGCCUUGGAAAGUUUAAUUAGCCUCCAGGUUUUAUGGGAAGUAGUAAAGACAGAUACAUAAAUUUCCUAUAUCACUGUGAUGAUACACAAGUUCAUUCUAGAUGUCUGGGAUGAUAUGUAAGUUCAUUGUUUUUCCUACAGUAAUGGUUUCUUUUCUUGUUCAGGGUUUGUAUUAGUUUUUGCAUCAGUUAGAAUUGCAAUACAUAAGUUCACCAGCAAAUCUCUCUUGCCUCAGCCUAGGAGGGGAAAAAUGCUGAACUGUUGGCUGUUGAACAAUGCAACCUUUGUCUCUAAAGAGCUCUGCACUGCCAUCUUCAAAAAACACUUUUUAAAGUCAAUAUGUAAAAAUAUCCUGAAAAGUUAUAUUGCUUCUAAUCCUAUCAGGGGGCUGACCUCUGGUAAAUUUUAUAUAAAAUGUAUUUAAAACUGGUUUUAUUACCAGCUGUUACUUGUACAUAGAAUUUUAUAAAUUGUAUACUUUGGGAAUAAUUUAUUUUUUAAGAAAUUAAAAGUUUUAAAUGUACCCCAUCUACAAAAAAUAAUACAUCUGUUAUUCUUUUAUUGCAAAGAGGCAGAUAUGAUUUUGUAUGUUAAGGAAUACAAACAAAAGUAAUUCCCUAAAUGAAAUAAUGUACAGAGCUUUUUCAAAUAGGUCUAAAUUUUGUAUUGUUUGAGGGAUUUAUGAACUUUGUAGAAUUGUAUACAUGUUUCUCUGGACUUCCUUAAACAUUGUAUUUUUAUAGAAUGUGUGAAAAGGCCCUAUGUUUAAAUAUCUAUUGAUUGUGUAUUUUUAUGUGUAAAUUAGUAAAGAGAAAUUUUUAAAGAAGAA